GUGGCUUCUUCCUUGCGUCUUCUUGGGCAGCUCGUAUCCUCCCAUUCACCCAUCAAUCAUGAGCCAGAAACAGUUUUUUGAGACUAUCACAAAGUCGUUCGUUGAUGUACCGAUUACCGAUGCGGGAGUUGACACUGCAUCUUUUUGCGAAGCAUCAGAGAACCUCGUCAAGAUAUUCGGACUUUUUGGCAACCCAGCUUUCCAAGUUGUGCAAAAUGACCUGAAUGGGAAUAUUGCAAAAGUCCGAGCAUUCCUAGCUGCCCACCCAGAUCACGCCCAAACCCUCGAAUCACUCCUCGCCCACGACAAGAAGAUACAUCCGAACGAGAAAGAUCGUGAUGUGUCGCGUGGACUCAUGUGGCUUCUCAGAGGACUGAGAUUCACCGCCAGGGGGCUGCGGAUCAAUCUUUCCAACCCCACACAGGAGCUCUCUGCGAGCUUUACAAAAGGGUACGAGGAGACUUUGAAGAAGUAUCAUGGUAUUAUGGUUCGACCUAUCUUUGCUCUCGCCAUGAAAGCCUGUCCAUAUCGAGCCACCUUCUACCCCAAACUCGGAGAACCUCAGGAUGUCGUCAUGGUCAAACUUGAAGAAUGGCUGUCCGCGCUGGAGAACAUCCUCAACAUCGAAGAAGCUCAUUUCGUCAAAGAAGGACCAGGACCUCUGUAGUUUUCUUCAUGCUUCGAACCCCACAUUAUGACUCCUGCCUGAUGAGAUUUGCAUAUGACUUGCAUGCAUCGUGUAACCGUUAG